AUGUUGUGUCGUUUGUCUCAGGCUCUCAUCUCGUCUCCAUUUGAAGUCCCUGCAGAGAAACUGAGGAACGUGACUUUGACAUUACACAAGGUGCACACGGCCAGGGCUUUGUGUCGGUCUGUCUGCGGCGGAACUCACGGAACUCACGGGGACCACUGGAGAUCACCGGGAACCCAGCCGUGUCCGAGCCUAGAUCCGUGUUCCCUGGGCUCUCUCUGGCAGCACCGGGGCAGAGGGGCUACGCUAGCGGCGACGUGUGUGUUCCCCACGCCGCUCUCCUGCUCACGUCACGGGCGUCACGUUACGAAGGACCGGCUGGUUGUGGCUCAUGCGUGUCUCCCUGCUCUUUUACUGGGACACAGCUCCAGAAUCAUGCAGACCAGAGCCGCUUCCACCGCAACGAAACGACGCGAGAUCUCCGAGCAGCACAGUGACACCGACAAAGGGGAGGAACAGACUCAGAGAGGCGACCCCUCACCUCUUGAGAAGGAUUCUGGGAAACCUGAGGCCCCUCCAGAGGAAGAGAAACCCAACAAGACACAACAGUUAAAGAAAGUAUUCAAAGAAUAUGGAGCUGUGGGCGUGUCCUUUCACAUCAGCAUCUCCCUCAUGUCUCUGGGCAUGUUCUACCUCCUUGUGUCCAGUGGGAUCGACAUGGGCGCUCUUCUCUGCAAACUCGGUUUCAGUGAGACUGUUGUCAAGUCCAAGAUGGCCGCCGGGACCAGCACCUUUGUUUUGGCCUACGCUGUUCACAAGCUGUUCGCUCCGGUCCGAAUGAGCAUCACGCUGGUGUCGGUGCCGCUGAUCGUCCGCCAUUUUAGAAAGAUUGGACUGUUCAAGACGCCUCCGACAGCACCUUAG